AUGAGUUCCAGGCUCGUUCCUGACACAAGCGAGGACGUGGUCGCAGAGGCCCACGUCCCCGCGACGUCGGGCACCACUCUGCUCCCCCGACCCGUCGCGUCAUUAGUCUCGCUCCUCACCCAGUCCACCUCGCUAUCACUUCGAAUCGGUACAUUCUUUGGAGGUUUCGCGCUAGAUAGUGCGCGUGCGACCACACUCACCGGCCUCGAACUCAGCCGAGCAGUGAUCGAGGGCAUCUUGACCAGAGCGGGGCGAGAUGUAGCCAUCCGGUCCGGCGAUGAUCAUGGCAGGGCCGAGGCUGAAUCGCUCCUUGAACGAAGUUUGGCAACCCUGCAUACAACCGUGACCUCGGCGUCGUUCUUCGCCGCGGCAACAUUCCACCUCUCGUCCACGACUCUCUCAUCGAUCGCCAAUUUCUCGCAGGCGCUUUUAUCGACUCUCGAUGCAAUCCUGGGAUCCACCGAGUCCUCCAGGGCUAUUGCAGCCAUCAUCACGCUCAUCCGACGCGAGUUCCGAUCCGUGGACGAUGCUAGCGCCGAGAGGAUUGGUGUCGGCGAUCUCUUGAUAGGCUCCGUCGGGUUCGCCUUGCUGCAGCGUUGGGGCAAGAAGAACACAGAACGACACAUUCGAGAAAAUGGCGGUGAUGAAAUCGUGUGGGAUGUUGUUAUUUUGGAUAACGGCGCCAGGGCCGACCCUGACUUGACAGAGCCUGAGAGCGCCUCGUUUGUGAUGCCUGGUCAUGGCGAGGAGGCCUUUGAUGCUUUUCAGCGUCGCUCGAGCAUUGCCGACACUCUCGGGGGAUCGCGACUCUCGCUGCCCUUGGAUGGCCAGCAACAAGUUUCCGAUGAGGAUAUUCACUCCUAUAUCAUGAGCCAACUUCCUCAGGGUUGCCAUGCUUCAGUGCGGUCUGAGGUUUUGACUGCCCGGACUAUUACCGUGGAUAUUUACGACGACGAUAUGGCUGAGAUUGCUGCGCCUCCGGGUACGACGAUGAUCGAGGAACGAUUCCACCACGAUCACGAAUAUGCGGGCACUGGCCUGCCGGACUACCAGCAUCCUCCCAGGCACACAGUAGUGUUUAGGACGGCCUUUAACAGAUCCCAAAGCACGCAGCUGCGGCCUCAUGACAUGGCCAUUGCCAGUCCGCUCGAGUCUGAGCCUUCACUCCCGGAGAAUUCACUAGGCGCUGGACAAAACAACAGCCUUCAUAAGCGAGCACAAUCUCAACCUGAGACUUCCAGUAACAGAACCAUCAAACAGCGCAAUAACUCAGGCCCCGAGUCUCCGACUGAACGCCCAACUGAACGCCCAACUAACCCCAAAACUGCGGCUGGGAAGGCCUCUUUCACUAGAUUCGCACAAAGAGUGGAGCCCGCUGGUCCGGAAAAGAAUGGAAAUACCAAGCGCCCGCCGCCAAAGAAGCCUUCUGAGAAAUCACCGGGCCCAUCAGGAGCCGCCAGCGCGCGUCAGCCCGUCAAGCCGGUGAAAGGCUCCGCCUCUGUCAAGGAAGCCACUCCGAGGGAGAUAACCAAUCGUCCAGCGACCAGAAAGAAGGUUCCCGAGGCUGCAGGCUAUCGACCUACCACGCCCGUCUCUAACCGCGGUCUGCGAAGGUCACAUUUCCCCAGCUCUCCUCAGAAGCAGUCUCCGCAAGCACUUAGGAAUACAACAUCUCGCGAUACCAACGACCCUAGCAGUUCCAGACCGAGGUAUUUCGCCAUGCGCGAGAAAAGCCAAGAGUCUCUUCUCACUCAUACCGACACGUUCUCACGCCGAGGCAAAGACCUGCGUCCUGGAUCGCCGGCCACAGCGAGGACCCAUGUUCGCAGUAGCAGCUCUCUGUCAAUGACCAGGUCUGAAGCAGACGGCACAAUGUCUGCGAAUGACAACCGCCCUAGUUCAUCUGCUCUCCAUCGACGGUCGCAAUCCUACACCCCCAGCAUGUACUCGAUGGCUACGGCCGGCUCAGAAACCUCGCUGUUGCUUGCGCAUCGGCCCCGGAAGAGCGCGUAUGACGACGGGGAGACCAUCCGGGCGCUCAACCGCGAUGGCUACGUUCCAGGGAUCUUCCCCGAGCGACACUUUGUGCAAAGCAUCCGGCGGUUUUGUCGGUUCUCGUCGGCGUCGUACGGGUCCAACGCGCUCAAGGUGAUGGGAGUGCCCAAGGACACGAAGAGCCUGCCAGCGAGCGGAGUCGAUCGACACGAGCACAGCGCGUUCUCCCACCACGCAGGCCUGCCCCCUUCAACAAUUCUGCUGUCGUCGUUUGUCGACCCGGCUGGCGGAUCUAAUGCCGCCGGAGAGACCGAGAGCGGGUUCCCGCUGGUGCACUAUCUUUCGCUCGACCACGACUCCAAGGCCGUGGUGCUGACUCUGCGCGGUACCUGGGGUUUCGAGGAUAUCCUCACCGACAUGACCUGUGACUACGACGAUCUGGAGUGGCAGGGCCGGUCGUGGAAGGUCCACAAGGGCAUGCACGCUUCAGCCAAACGGCUGCUGGGCGGCGGCGGCGCCCCUGUCAUGAUCACGCUGCGUGCCGCGCUCGAGGAGUUUCCGGACUACGGGGUCGUGCUCUGCGGCCACUCACUAGGUGGUGGCGUCGCGGCCCUGCUUGCAACCAUGAUCUCCGAGCCCAACACCAUGCCCAUUGGCACGUCCUUUGUGACAGCAUCGUAUCAGCCCGCCAUAGACCCACGACUCCUAACCGCAAACACCGACACCAGCGACGCCAGCGAUACCAUCCCAGAAUCACCCCUAGCAUACACACUCCCAGCCGGCCGACCAAUCCACGUGUACGCUUACGGGCCGCCAGCAGUGAUGUCCCCAUUCUUGCGCCUCGCAACUCGCGGCCUAAUAACAACGAUCGUCAACGGCGACGACGCCGUCCCGAGUCUGUCCCUGGGAAUCCUGCACGACAUGCACACCGCCUCGCUCGCCUUCAAGGGCAACGAGUCCGAAGCCAAAUCCCACAUCCGGCAACGACUUCAUGAACGGCUGCGCCAGAGCAUCAUCCACAAAUUCUACGUCAACCAGCCGCCGCUGGUCGUCAACGCCGGCGACGGCGUCGGCGAGGACGCCUGGGCGUGGAAAACGCUGCGGCUGCUGCGCGACGACAUGUGCGCCCCAAAACUCAUGCCGCCCGGGGAAGUGUUUGUCGUUGACACGAUGCGCGUCUUGCAGCGCGAUGCCUUUACGCCGGUGCCGGACUCUGCUGGUGAUGCGUAUCCGCGUCUGGGCCGGCCUGCGACUCGUGUGCAGAUGAGGUUCGUUAGGAAUGUUGAUGCUUGGUUUAGGGAGUUGCGGUUUGCGUCGGGGAUGCUGAGUGAUCAUAACCCCGUGCGGUAUGAGACUGGACUUGCUGCGCUGGCGCGGGGGGUUCUGAAUGAAUGA